CCCCCCCCCAAGUGCGAACAAAUAUCAAUCCUCCCCAGAGCUGUCCAAGAUGUCCUCCUCACAGACACCAUCUCCGCCAUCCCAUAACGCAACCCCUUUAGAGGUCCGCGACUAUUUUGCCGGGGUUCUCUUUAAUUUCCACGACGUCUCACUGGAACAGGCAUACGAGAUAGCGGCGAAAUGGGAGUAUGGUCGCGGCUCGGAACUCACAUACUAUGAUGUUGCUACUUUUCGCUCGAUAUUCGGUGCUGAAGCUGGGACCUUGCUCUAUGGUUAUGCAAGGAAGGAGCUGAGAACGUCACGGACUGGCCCUAGCGGUAACUUGGGCAACAGAGGGAUUCUAGAGAAACCUCAGAAGGAUAUCUUCGGGGCAACGCCUGGCUUGUCAAUUGUGUAUGGAUUGUUCGUUUUGAGCAUUCUUUCUCUCUUUCAGACAUUGAUAGAGUAUAGGAGGGAGAAAAUGGAUGGGGUGUUAGCUUUUGGUUCAAUAUGUUUUUUUCUAUUUGCAGGGUUUAUAGUUUCUUACGUUACGUAUUAUUUUGGUCCCGAACCUCAGAGGCGUGGGCCAUAGAGGUUUAGGUCGAGUAUAACGCUUUAAACCGGAGCAUCAGUAGCAAACAAGAACAGAAAUAGGGCAGUUGUGGGAGGAG